AUGAUCCAUACACAAAACGGGUCGACUCGCCGGAUUCUCACUUUUCCGGCGGUGAAUCCGUGUGAAUCCAUCUCCAUCACCACUCUCCUCGACUCAUUGCUACAACUCGCCGGCCAGAUUCUCACCUUCAAAGCGAAACACUUCUCCACCAACAAACAAACCGUCAAAGAAACUCUCCGACAUAUCCAAAACCUCGUGAUCCUCUUGGAGGAAAUCCGGGUCGGGUCAAUACCAACGGGUCGUUACUUCCCGCGCGCAGCAAUCUUGAGCCUCUCGGAGCUCCACGUCAUCUUCCAGAAACUCAAGUUCCUUCUAGAAGACUGUACACGAGAAGGAGCUAAGCUAUAUACGUUGAUAAACUCCGACCAAGUCUCAGCUCAUUUCCGGGUCUUGACCCGAUCCAUAUCCACUUGCCUCGACACGUUUCCGGUCAGGUCUGUUGACUUAUCCGGAGAAGUCAACGAGCUAAUCUAUCUACUAAUCCGUCAGACUCGUAACUCCGAAGGAAGACCCGACCCGGAUGACAAACGGGUUAUCGACUCGGUCUAUUGGAUCUUGAAUCUGUUCGAGAACAGGAUUAACCCGAACUCGGAUGAGAUUCUCCGAGUUUUGGAUCACAUUGGUGUUCGAAAAUGGAGAGAUUGCGUCAAAGAGAUUGAUUUUAUCGAAGAAGAGAUUACCUCCGCCGAGAAUAAGAAGAAGGAUAAGAAAGAAAUCGAGCUUCUUAGCAGCUUAAUGGGAUUCGUAACCUACUGCAGAUGCGUGGUUCUUCGAGGGAUUGAUGAAGAAGACGAAGAUGAGAGAGACGAAGAAGAUUAUUUGAAUUGGGGUUUAAACGUUGAUGAUCUUCGUUGUCCGAUUUCUCUAGAGAUUAUGAACGAUCCGGUGGUUUUGGAAACAGGGCACACGUAUGAUCGGAGCUCAAUCACCAAGUGGUUCUCCUCCGGUAACAUCACGUGCCCUAAGACCGGGAAGAGUCUGGCGAGUACUGCUUUGGUUGAUAACUUCUCCGUCAAGCAAGUGAUUCAGAGUUACUGCAAGCAAAACGGCGUAGUGAGGAGGAAGAAGAAUAAGAAUAAGAAGAAGUCGAUUGUGCCGGAGAGUUUAGCGGCGGAAGAAGCUGGGAAGCUCACGGCGGAGUUUCUCGCCGGAGAAUUGAUCGACGGAGAUGAAGAAGAGAUGGUUAAGGCGUUAGUAGAGAUUCGAGUGCUCACCAAAACGAGCGGUUUUAACAGAUCUUGUUUGGUGGAAGCUGGUGUUGUUGAAUCGCUGAUGAAGAUUCUCCGUUCUGGAGAUCCGACGAUUCAGGAGAACGCCAUGGCUGGGAUUUUGAAUCUGUCGAAGGAUGUCGCCGGGAAAACUCGAAUCGUCGGCGACGGUAGCGGAUUGGAGGUUAUCGUGGAGGUUCUCAACGAUGGAGUUAGAAGAGAGAGUAGACAAUACGCAGCGGCUGCGAUAUUUUAUCUCUCUUCUCUCGGAGAUUACAGCCGAUUGAUCGGAGAAAUCCCAGACGCGAUUCCAGGAUUGGUGAGAAUCGUUAGAGGUUGCGAUUACGGAGAUUCGGCGAAACGUAACGCGUUGAUCGCGAUUCGGAGUUUGCUGAUCCAGCAAUCCGAUAACCACUGGCGUGUUCUCGCCGCCGGAGCUGUUCCCGUUCUUCUGGAGCUCGUGAAAUCCGACGGGGUUAGCGACGGAGUCACGGGGGAUUCGAUGGCGAUUCUCGCGAAAAUGGCGGAGUAUCCCGACGGGAUGAUCUCCGUGCUCCGUCGUGGAGGAUUGAAACUCACGGUGAAGAUUCUAGGUUCGCCGGAGGUGUCGUCUGCUACGAAGCAACACUGUGUCGUUUUGCUUCUGAAUCUGUGCAUAAACGGCGGAAAUGACGUCGUUGGGGCUCUCGCUAAAGAUCCCUCGAUUAUGGGGUCGCUUUACACGGUGUUAAGUAACGGCGACUGUGGAAGUGGGAAAAAGGCAAGUGCUCUAAUUAAAUUGAUCCACGAGUUCCAGGAGAAGAAAACCGGUACGGUUGAACCGGCUUUUGAAAGAGAACGGUUCGUCCACGCCUGGUGA